AAUACGUGACCAGCAGUGGGUGGGGCUUUCUGUCUGACUGCGAGUCCGUCCGCGCGCGCUGGCACGUGUGUGUGUCGUGUUGGUUUGGGGGGGCUGCGGGUCAUGACCCUCCAGAGGCGGGUGUUCCUCCGUAAGCUCACAGCUGCUGCUCCUGCUGCUUCUUCUUCGUCUUCUUCUUCUCCUCCAUCCUCCCUUUGCUGUCGCACACACGUGCUCAGGUUCAGUCAGUCUGCAGCCGUCAACAUGGCAGAGGAGGCGAAGAAGCUAGCAGCGUACUCUGCCGUGGACAACAACGUCCAGAACAAUCAGGUGGUGGGAGUGGGUAGUGGGUCGACCAUCGUGUAUGCUGUGGACCGGUUAGCCGAGAGAGUUCGACAGGAAAAGCUCAACAUCGUGUGUGUGCCCACCUCCUUCCAGGCUCGGCAGCUGAUUCUGCAGCACGGCCUGGCGCUGUCGGACCUGGAAAGACACCCAGAGCUGGACGUGGCGAUCGACGGCGCGGACGAAGUGGACGCCGAGCUCACGCUGAUCAAAGGCGGCGGCGGCUGUCUCACUCAGGAGAAGAUUGUCGCUGGCAACUCGAAAUGUUUCGUCAUCAUUGCUGACUACAGAAAGGAUUCCAGAGCUCUGGGGGAGCAGUGGAGGAAGGGUGUUCCCAUUGAGGUCAUCCCCAUGGCGUACGUUCCCGUCUCCAGGGUGAUAGCUAAGCGCUUCGGAGGGGAGGUCAAUUUAAGGAUGGCAGUCAGUAAAGCAGGUCCCGUCGUCACCGACAACAGCAACUUCAUCCUGGACUGGAAGUUUGAGCACGUCCAGAACUGGAGCGAGGUCAACACCGCCAUCAAGAUGAUUCCUGGUGUGGUGGAGACGGGGCUCUUUGUCAACAUGGCCGAACGGGCGUACUUUGGGAUGGAAGACGGAAGCGUGAAGGUUCGGAAGGCUCCCAUCAUCUAAUGAGUUGGCCACAGGCUCCGCCCACAAAGUGCCACCAUCACAACCCAGCUACAGCACGGGAGCUCACUGACCUCGCAAAAUAAGUUCCAAACUAAGAACUGAUUUACUUUCACGUUCAGAAGGUGCUGCUUCUGAUUUUAUGGGUGUGUUUUUUUUUAAGUGCCUGAUGAGAAAAAGCUAGCUGGCAGAUUUUACUGUUGGAGGAGUUUUGACUGAACAGAUGCAGAACUGGGUUUUAAAGCUGACCGGGUCACCGGAGUUUAGCUGAAUAGAGCAAAGCUGUGCCUUUUGAUUUUAAAAUUACAUUUAAAAAGCUUCGCUGCAUGUGUCGCGUUAGUGUAACGAUCCAAAAUACACAGAAAAACACAGAUCACACUUCAAGAAUGAAGCAGUCAGGUUUGAACCUUCAGCUGCAUCUACGUACAAUCUAUCAAAACAAACUCUGACGUACCAUAAAGAGCAAAGGUGAGCCGUAAAAUGUUCCCUCUAAAAGCAGAAACGACGCAUUCUUCUGAGAAGCUAAAUGUUCAACAAGAACACUUUGGGGCAUUCAUCAUUUUGUGGCUCAUUUUCCAUUUCCUUGUCAAAAGGAAAAGAGAUAGUAGUAGAAGUUGAAAAGGUUUAGGAAAUGCUGGCGGUUUCCUCCUCGGUUGCAUCAACUCCUCUUGCGGCUGUUUAGAGGAGUCAGCUGAGAAGUGUCCGGCUUCACGGUUUGCCACAUAAACUGUCUAUUGUUUGAUUCUUUUGUGCCUGUGGAAAACUUACCUUACAGUUUCUCCUCACAGCAGGUGUCUGGAAGCAGGAAGUCUUGUGCCAUAAGCUCAUUUUAAAAACGAAAACCAGUGAUGAUGGUGAUUAAUUCAAAACAACAAACAACCUUUCGACACAAAUAUAGUGGGCAAAUCUCAAAAACUGAGAUUUGUGUUGCUGUUUAGAUCUUUUAAAUAAAUCAGGUUCCCUCUGUUUGCCUUCUAUUUUGGUUCUCCUUUAUGGGCUUUUUUUAAAAAAAAAAAUGGUACAGCAGGAUUUUCUACAUACUAGAUUACUGUCAUAGGUUGCAUCCGUUUUAAACUGGUCAUACAGUGCCUCAUACUGUAAUUUGAUGCUUGCAUAUAUAUAUUAUUAACUGUGGGAGACUGAAAACGUCACAUCCUGGCUAAUGUGAUACCAAUAAGACGUUUUUCAGUUUCCAAAGAAGCCACUGUUGAAACCGUGAAAGUUGUCUCUGACUCUGCGGUACAUCAGUAAAGUUUCUGAAGGGAAAAGCUACGUUCUAAAAACAUGAUGAACAAAAACGACACUGUGCAUGAAUACUUUUUCACCAGCAGCUUUGUCUUUUUUUAACCAGUUGACUGUGAUUUUUAUUUUUUUUCCUUGUAACCGAUACCGGACCAAGUUAUAACCCAUGCUUGUUUCAUGUCUGAAUUGUUGGAAAUGUUGGAACAUAACUUGCUCCAAUAAAAGUUGAGUGUGAAAAAAUG